GAUUGAAGGAGUGAGAUGGAUUGGAUAAAGGUUGACCAUUUUGGAUAUUACAGGGAUUCUCUGAACUUGGAGUUGAAACCUCCAGCUGUCCGCAAUAUCAUGGACAUGAACGCACUCUUCGGAGGAUUUGCUGCAGCCCUUGCAUCUGAUCCUGUGUGGGUUAUGAAUGUCAUCCCAUCUCGGAAGCAAUUAACUCUUGACGUGAUUUAUGACAGAGGUCUCAUCGGUGUUUACCAUGAUUGGUGUGAACCCUUUUCAACGUAUCCCCGUACGUAUGAUUUCAUCCACCUAUCAGGAAUUGAAUCACUGACAAGCAAAUCCAGGUGUAGCCUAGUAGAUCUAAUGGUAGAGAUGGACAGAAUAUUGCGUCCAGAAGGAAAGGUACUGAUCCGAGACACUCCUGAGGUGCUAGACAAAGUAGCACGAAUGGCCCAUGCUGUAAGAUGGUCUUCUUCAAUACAUGACAAAGAACCUGAAUCUCAUGGAAGAGAGAAGAUCCUUGUCGCAACCAAACCUCUCUGGAGAAUGCCAUCAAACUCGCACUAAGGCCACACGUUAAAAAGGAAAAAAGGAAAAGAGAGGAAGAAGGUCUUCCCAGUCUUGUAGAUAACAGUCGCUUUCUCUCCAGCCCCCCCCCAUCUGUCUGUCCUUAAGACACCAUCCUGAUGAUAUACCUUUUUUGUGUUCGGUGACGUUGCUUCCAGAAUGUAUCGCAAUCAUGUAAUGUCCUGAUAAUGUUAAUUCUUGGUCACACGUGGUUCUGUCAAUGAUUUUUAUCUGCGGGGUCUACCUUGUGACCUACAUGAGUAAAGUAUGCAUGUGACUCUUUUGUACUGGAGACCAUGUAUAUUAGGUGCACAUCCUUAAUACUUAUUUAUGUAUUGAAUACUGACAGUUCUAUGA